CGAGUCACCUCCCCAGUUCCCUCCUCUCGUAAAUUCCGUGCCCCUCCUGCUCUAAAGGACAGUAGUCUCGCGAGAUCUCUCGUAAACUUACAGAACCGGAAGCGGCCUGCAGUUCUCUUCCCUUUUUCCGCCAUCGCUGAAGCAGGAGCGGGCCAAAAUGAAGUUCAAUCCCUUUGUCACUUCUGACCGAAGCAAGAACCGGAAAAGGCAUUUCAAUGCACCUUCCCACAUUCGCAGGAAGAUUAUGUCUUCUCCUCUUUCCAAAGAGCUGAGACAGAAGUACAAUGUGCGGUCUAUGCCCAUCCGAAAGGAUGAUGAAGUGCAGGUUGUACGGGGACACUAUAAAGGUCAGCAGAUUGGCAAAGUGGUCCAGGUUUACAGGAAGAAGUAUGUCAUCUACAUUGAACGGGUACAGCGGGAAAAGGCCAAUGGCACCACUGUCCAUGUGGGCAUUCACCCCAGCAAGGUGGUUAUCACCAGGCUGAAACUGGACAAAGACCGCAAAAAGAUCCUGGAACGGAAAGCCAAGUCCCGCCAAGUAGGAAAGGAAAAGGGCAAAUAUAAGGAAGAAACAAUUGAAAAGAUGCAGGAAUGAAGUAAUCUUAUAUGCAACUUUCAUUAAAAAAUGUAUCAAAGAU